GAACCUUGAGAAAUUCGUCGGUUUUCCCAACAUCCGCAGUCCAAGCCUUCUCGUCGCCACAGUAGGCGUAAUCCCAUUUAAUGUUGCGAACGUGACAAGCUAAUGAAGAAUAUUAAUCGGCACACAUUAUAGGCCAUUCAUUGCGAUGCACAAAAACCAAAUGCUAGGGAUGCAGCCGGUAUAUAAGGACUGGUGGAACCAACAUCGAUAUCACAUUCAGGCGAGCUUCCAAAAUGGCGACGGUAUCACUGCUCUUCGCGCUUGUAGUUGCCAUUUCUUCAGGCGUUAUGGCUCUACCUGGUGGCGGUGGCUGGCAAGGCGGCGGCGGCGGCGGUGGCGGCUUCCCCUCUGUGGCAUCCGCCCGCUCUGGCUUAGGCGGCUGGGGAGGCAGCAGUAGCUUCGGAAGAUCCAGCAACUUCGGCUCAGGGUGGGGUGGAUCUAACGGCCUUGGACGGAGCUCAGGCGGAUCUUGGGGAUCAAAUGGUUUUGGACGAAGCUCUGGGUCAGGAUGGGGAUCCAACGGAGGAUUUGGAAGAAGCUCCGGUUCAAGCUGGGGAUCUAACGGGUAUGGAGAUGGCGGAUUUUCCGCACGAGACAGCUCUUCAUGGGGAGACUCCAGCUUCAGAUCAGGCUCGGGCUGGGACAGCUCCGGUGGAGACUUCCGAUCUUCCAGCUGGUAGGACUAUCUGAUCUCAGCGUGUUCACGAUUUAGAAUGAAUUGAAAAAUGAAUAUGGAUUUUGAAUGUGCUUGCUUGUGCAAUAUACCCACUAGUUAUGUAUCAUUAAAAGCAGUAAAUUAAAC